AUGGAGCCGUUUAUUAUCACACAGGAGCUGCACGUGUGGCUCUCUCCUGACGGGACCUCUCCUGACGGGACCUCUCCUGACGGGACCUCUCCUGACGGGACCUCUCCUGACGGGACCUCUCCUGACGGGACCUCUCCUGACGGGACCUCUCCUGACGGGACCUCUCCUGACGGGACCUCUCCUGACGGGACCUCUCCUGACGGGACCUCUCCUGACGGGACCUCUCCAUGUGCAGCUCCUGGGACAGACCCCAUGUGCUUCUGA